AUGUCAGACGGCUGGGUUGGCAUCGCUAUGCAGACAUCUGUGUUCUUGCUGCUGCUGCUGCUGCUGCUACUUCAUCAUCUUAUCUCCAUCACUCUGGCUGCUCCAGGUGAGAUCUUCCAAAAUGUCCUGGAGAGGUGACAUAAAUCAGGCUGGGCCCAAUCCUCUGAUGGGUGAUUGAUACAUGUGUGAUGCAUUUGUGCAUCUUCAGAUACCCUAUCCCUCUGUGAGUGCAUUCACACUUAAGUUGGCGGGAGGUGAUAAAGAGGUCCUGCCUUUUACACUGGAUAGGAACAUAGUCACUUGGGAAACCCUGUGCUCUCCUCUAGUGCAUCAAACCCUGCUUUUUCUAUUGCAGAGCUAAAGGUAAAGGGACCCCUGACCAUUAGGUCCAGUUGUGACCGACUCUGGGGUUGCGGCGCUCAUCUCGCUUUAUUGGCCGAGGGAGCCGGCGUACAGCUUCCAGGUCAUGUGGCCAGCAUGACUAAGCCGCUUCUGGCGAACCAGAGCAGUGCACAGAAACGCAGUUUACCUUCCUGCCAGAGCGGUACCUAUUUAUCUUCUUGCACUUUGAUGUGCUUUCGAACUGCUAGGUUGGCAAGAGCAGGGAACGAGCAACGGGAGCUCGCCCCGUCGCAGGGAACCACUGACCUUCUGAUUGGCAAGUCCUAGGCUCUGUGGUUUAACCCACAGCGUCACCCACAUCCCCAUUGCAGAGCUAGCAUAUGCCUUAUUCUGUGUCAGGCUAUUGGUCCAGGACUGGCUCUCUGAUUGGCGAUUUAGUCUCCUAGAUCAGUUGAAGAAUGCAAUUUCCAUUGUGUGCCUGGACCUCACGAACGGUCUUAAUGAAUGGAUUAUCUUAAAGAUCUCCAUGCAUCUUGAAAAGUAGGCUAUUGUCUACAUUAACCACCCACCCCACCCCACGCAAACCUUGAAGAAUUUCCAUGGCUUUUUCUGCAACAGACCAAUACAGCUGCUUUUCUGGAAUUCCUUUCGGCCUGCUCAUGAGUCAUUCUGAGCGACCGGUAUGGGCUGUUGUUUCCAAAACUGGUGAGCCUCUUUUUUCUUCCCCGCAGGGAUAAUUCAAGACGAAAAGCCAGGCUGCGACUCUCUGCACCAUAACUGCAGAGUGGGAUACUGCUCUGAGGACGAAAUCCCAAGCGGCGGGUUUUGUUUCGAACCGGUAAUUAUAUGCUGCAGAAUUUUGCCCAAGAAAUACAAGAGCUCCGAGGAAACACAGGAAGUGGCACCUUUUGAAGAUGUUCUGCUCAAUCUCCUCUAA